UCAAAGCCAAUCGAAUCCAAGUAGUUGUUUUUCUACGGGACGCUUUGUCAGCACGGUGGGCGCGUGCGGUCUACGUUCUACCUAUCAAAAGAAAUUGCCUUCGAGGUUGUUGUUUCUCCUGGUAUAAAUGACCGAAAAUAACUGCGUCAUCUCUCUGGCACCGUUGAGCGCCCUGCGAUGGUGUCGCGCUUUAAGCUGAUCACUUUCGACGCCACCAACACUCUUCUACGCUUCCGAGAGUCAGUUGGCCAAGCUUACUCUGGCGUCGCGCACAUGUACGGCGUCAGCUCCGAUCCGAAGCGCUUGAACGCCAGUUUCAGGACCGAGUGGAAGAAGAUGAUCGCCGAGCACCCGAACUUCGGCUGCAGCAGCGGCCUCACCUCGCAGCAGUGGUGGUCAGAGCUCGUCCGCAGGACAUUCCUACUCUCUGGGUGCAACGCCGCCGACAGCCUUAUGACAGUGAUCGCAAGUCACCUCUACGAAUCGUACAAAACGUCCAACUGCUGGACACCGAACAACGGUAGCGCAGACGUCCUCGAGAACCUGAAGAUAUCCGGGCACAAGCUGGGCGUCAUCUCGAACACGGACGAACGGCUAGACUGCAUUUUAACGCAGCUCAAACUUCGCCACUACUUCGACUUCGUGAUAGCGUCAUCGGUGGUGAAGGUGGAGAAACCGUCGAAGGACAUCUUUUCGCUGGCGCUGUUGUGCGCCAGCAGUGAGCGACCAGUGAAACCCGAAGACGCCUUGCAUGUCGGCGACAGCGUGGAGUUGGAUUACCUCGCCUCUAAGGCAGCGGGGUGGAGUGCCUUGCUCUUGGUCAACCACGACGCCGACGCGAAGAAAGUGGCCGCUAAGAAUUCUGUAGAACCUUCUCACGUUAUUUACAGGUUGAGCGACGUAGUCAAAAAAGCGUUUGAGGUUGAAUCUUACCAGGCUACUGAGUUUCAAAAGUGAGCUUCUGGCCUUUUGGCAGUUUCCAACAAGACCUUACGGGUUCAGUUACUUCGGUUAUGUUUAGGUUCGCCUGAGUGCACAACAUAAUCUUUCCCAGUUAUGGAAAUUGGUGCUCCUGACAUUUCACGAAGGUCCUCCUAUGGUAUUUCAACAUCUUUUUACAGCAAUAGCUGUUAUGGGCUUGUCCUACCGGUUUUGCGACGGCGUGAGUGUAAACCAAUUCAGUUUCCUCACUAAAUUUGGCAGGAACAUUGAUGCCUGUGACCCGACGUCGUGGGCCCUAUGGACAAAUUCAGGUUCCCCGCUAAAUUUAGUGGAAAACACAAAUUCAGACUCUCCAUUACAUUUAGCGGAAAACGCCACGUGACCUUCCGUAAAAUCCUGAGAUGCCCCAGCCCCAAAAGAUAGCCCACCCCUAUUUUUGGCUUGAUUUGUUAUGUUUUUAAACACUGAAAGAUAGCCCACUCUUAGUAAUAGUAGUGUUGGAAUCAAUGGUGGCCUUAGUGUGAAUGUGGCUAGUGAGCUGUGGUGAAAUAUAAGCAAAUGUUGCUGACUGGGAAGUGCAUUCAUCUUUGCUUCGUUGCCCCUUGCCACCAUAACAAGCUUGGAAGGGACACGACCGAAAAAUAGCAAUUCUUAUACUUUUCUUGGUUGUACUCGAAAGUUAGCCCACUCCAUAUUUUCACCCGAUUUGCUCUUGAUGUUAGGUGAACUAUCUCUCGGGAUUUUACGGUAUGCACCAAUUCACUUUCCCUGCUAAAUUUAGCACAAAAAUUUACGUCGCAUGACCUACGCACAAAUUCUGUUUUCUCGCUAAAUUUGUUAAGAAAAUUGAUGGCAGGUCACCUGACGUCAUGGGACCUAGAGACAUAAAUAGCUUCCCCGCUAGAUUUGGUUGAAAAAGUGACGUCAUAUAACCUAUGCACCAAUCCAGUUUCCCGUAAUCAUGCCAUAGGAUCGUCCCCCAAUUUAUUUUUAGCUUGGCCCUUGUGACAGGCUUGAGCUAAGCUAGUUGGUUCAUAGUUCACUUAAGGCCAGCUGAACUAGAAAAAACAUACACAUAAAGAAAAGACCAUUCACACCGCUGGACUAACAACCGAUUUUCUUUUUCCUCCUCUUCUACAAGACAUUUAUGGUGCUUUGUAUGUUCUUCCUGGGACAUAUUUUUGCCAUGAAGAUGGCUUUAAAGUACCACUGCUCAUUUUCAAAAGGUUUUGUGAAAGGUGCGGCCAAUACUUUCAACUUUAUUAUGGAGGAAAUUCAGAAUCUCCAAGAGGGCUGUUGGUGUAAUUAGAGUUUGUAUGGCUGCAGGCAGUGGCGUCACAAAGGGGGGGAGGGGGGGGGGGGGCGGAUGGAUUGCCUUGGGUGCGGCGCUCGGGGGGGUUUUGCGGCGGGCCACGUGAGCGGGGGGUCGCAUAGGACUACCGCCCCGGGUGCCACUCGCCCUAGUGACGCUACUGGCUGCAGUUGCAUUGUGGUGUUCAUUAAAACCUGAAAUUCCAUGGAAA